GUAAGAUCCGGCGAGGUUCCGUGCUCCUUGUCGGGCCGCUUGUUUGGCUGCUGCCGUCACCUCAUGGCGACGCGGGUAGAAGAGGCAGCGCGGGGAAGAGGCGGCGGCGCCGAGGAGGCGACUGAGGCCGGACGGGGCGGACGGCGUCGCAGCCCGCGGCAGAAGUUUGUGAUUGGCACAAUGGAAGAAGCUGGAAUGUGUGGGCUUGGGGUGAAAGCAGAUGUGUUACAUAAUUCUCAAUCAAAUGACAUUCUUCAACACCAAGACUUGCAUUGUGGUGGCACAAGUAUCAAGCAUUCACUGGAAGAGGAUGAAGGCAGUGACUUUAUAACAAAAAGCAGGAGUUUGGUGAGUUCAGCGUACUGCACACAAGAGUCAAGAGAGGAAAUUCCUGGGCGCGAAGCUCGAACAGACCCCCGUGACAGUCAGCAGGAUCCCGAGUGCGGCAGGAACAAAGACAAAACCCUAGGAAAAGAAGUUUUAUUAUUGAUGCAAGCGCUAAACACCCUUUCAACUCCAGAAGAGAAGCUGGCAGCUCUCUGUAAGAAAUAUGCCGAUCUCGUGAGUAUGAAAUCAGAGAAAGUCCACUUGCAGAGUGAGCACAGCAAGGCUAUCCUGGCGAGAAGCAAACUAGAGUCCCUCUGCAGGGAACUUCAGCGUCACAAUAAGACGUUAAAGGAAGAAAAUAUGCAGCAGGCACGAGAGGAGGAAGAAAGACGUAAAGAAGCAACUGCCCACUUCCAGAUUACUUUAAAUGAAAUCCAGUCACAGCUGGAACAGCAUGACGUGCACAAUGCCAAACUCCGCCAGGAAAACAUCGAACUGGGAGAGAAGCUGAAGAAGCUCAUUGAGCAGUACGCACUGAGGGAGGAGCAUAUUGAUAAAGUGUUCAAGCAUAAGGAACUGCAACAGCAGCUCGUGGAUGCCAAACUGCAGCAGACGACACAGCUGAUAAAAGAAGCUGAUGAAAAGCAUCAGAGAGAGAGAGAGUUUUUGUUAAAAGAAGCAACAGAAUCAAGGCACAAAUACGAACAAAUGAAACAGCAAGAAGUACAACUAAAACAGCAGCUUUCUCUUUAUAUGGAUAAGUUUGAAGAAUUCCAGACAACCAUGGCAAAAAGCAAUGAAUUGUUUACAACCUUCCGGCAGGAAAUGGAAAAGAUGACAAAGAAAAUUAAAAAACUGGAAAAAGAAACAAUAAUAUGGCGUACCAAAUGGGAAAACAAUAACAAAGCACUUCUGCAAAUGGCUGAAGAGAAAACUGUCCGUGAUAAAGAGUACAAGGCCUUUCAGAUAAAGCUUGACCGGUUAGAGAAGCUGUGCAGGGCUCUUCAGACAGAGAGAAAUGAGCUCAACGAGAAGGUGGCAGUCCUCAAGGAGCAGGUCUUGGGGAAGGUGGCAGGUGUGGGUCUGGCACCGCGUGAGACACAGCCCUGUGCCACCCUGGCUUCUCCCCGGGAGCCGAACACUGCCUCGAACAGUGGCCCACGUGUCCCCGCAGGGUCCUUGCCCAAGGCAGCAGCGAAGGAAAAGCCAGCUGUGUACAAGGCCGCGUACCCAGGCGCUGGGCCGGCCAUCGAGUCAGUGGACUGAGAUGAAGUAUGAUCACUGUAUCGAGAGUUCUAUUUUGUGUAUAACUUUCUCUGUUAGUAGUUAACUAUUGGUUUUGUGGUGAAAAUUUUCUUACUUUUUCUACCAUAUCUGUAUUUUCUUAGAACUACUGGACUUAAGUGGUACAGGAGGCUGCUUAGCAGUUUUGAAUAGUUUUACUCAACAUUUUCCUCAGCUGUGUGGCACAUCUGCCUCACUUCCCUUCAUUGGAAUGCAUGUGGUCACUGCCUUGUCCUUUCUUCCCUGCUCCUUGCAGAAUCAUCCUAAUUAAAAUUUAACUCAAAACAGGGCUGACCAUUACAAGGGAACUUUGUUCUGAUGUGAAAACAAUAUUCAUUUAAACAUCCUGCCCCCAUCAAUAUUAAUCACACAAAAAAGUAUCGAGAUGUUUAGUUUUGUCUAAUAGCCCAUUUAAAUGCCAAGUAAUAAACCGGGUUGGAUCAGAAACAAACAGCAUAUUUGAUUCAAGUUUCUUGGUAAUAUAUCACUGCACAAAUUGAGAUGGCCACAAGCCUCAAAUUCUUCAUUUUGGCAGAAUGUGUACAUAAAGGUAUCACUUGCAAACAUACAUACAGGUAAAUCACUGGACAACAGGCUUAAUAUUUGUGUGACUGACAAGUCAUACUGCUUUGGUUUCAGGUUAGAACCAGUGGAAUUUGGACCACCCGGAUGCUUACUGAGGGUAGGGUGGUUUGUUUGCUUUCCAUUUGGGACUUGGAUACACAUCUUCCACUUCCCACUGAAAGCAGUCACUGGUAGUCCUUUGCCAGGUUAAGACAAUGAGGGUGAAUUCCUGUGUAGCUGUCACCAAGGAAACAUCCCCAAACUGCCCCUUUGGCUGCUUGAAAUUGGUGUUGGACUGUUAUGGGAGUCCCACCAGCAAGGUUCUCUAGGUAUUUUAAGGGAAAAUUUUAAACUAUGGCUCAUACCAACCGAAACUGGUUUCAUUUCCAAAACAUUGGAGAAGACUGGAACCAACCUCUUUAACAUUAGGCAAACUUAGCAGAGUGUUAAGUAGUCAGGAUCUUUUACAUACGCUUUCAGUCUGUUUCUCACCCUUCUCUUAGUUGCCAUUUUUUAAAGUAUUAUCAAAGUCUCCAGACUUGAAAUGGGGGAACUUUCAAAAUUAAACACAUCACCCCUUUGGAUUAACUUUUUCAUCCUGCGGUCUCAAAUGUGACUAAGUUACGCAAAUAAGCUGCAGUGAAGAAAGUUUUGACUUUGUCCCUAGUAUAAUUUGCAUUGAAAUACUUUAUGAAAUAACUGAUGUUAGCACAUUCCACUGAGCAAAACCGUCAAACUGACAUGUCUUAAAUUGCUUACUGGACUGAAUAAACUGUUCUGUCCAGUUAAAAGGGUUUUUUCUCUUUGUUAAAGUUUUAUUUGUAAAGUCCUGUCACAUUCAUGGUCUAAACUGGGUUGAAAGAAUUGAAAAUUGUCCAGUAGAUAGGAAACAGCGCCUAGAGUGGAGGAUUAUAUCUAAGCUUCUACCAUCAGUCAUGUACAUCAAGGGGCCAGACAGUGGAGAAGAAAUCCACUAAGUAGGUUAUCUAAUCACUGUCAAAAGAGUCGAAAGCAGAAACAAACAUACCCUCCCGCCAACAGCCUCUUAUACACAGACCCCUCCCUUCAGCUACUAAAUGAAACAUUAGACUCAUUUUCCUAAGAGGAAGUGAAGGUAUACAUCAGAACUAUCUAUUUUAAAAACAGUACUAAUGAUCACAUUUCACAAGAAUUCCACUGGAUGUACAGCUCUUAACAUUUUAAGCCAUUUGUGUAGCCCGCCACAUCUUUGCGGUGCUUGUGCUGUGUGGGAGAUUGUAAAUCUUGGACCUGUUGCCUAUUUCCAAGGGCUUUAUAAAGCAAUGUGAUUAACAGUACUUGGCCUGCUGCUUUUGGCUUACUAUGUAUUUUGAGCUAGAUGCUAUCAUGGUGUUUAAAGGAUAUGGAUUCUGUCUGGGAUGUGUUUGGUGUCCUUUCAGAAUCUGUCCUCCUAUUAUCCUGUGAAUAAAAACAAAUGGGACCCUCUGGACACCCUCUUAAAGCAAUCACCUCACCAGCCCAGUGUUGUGGCUUUUAGCACACCCUGUUCUAUCUUCCAUAUUCUAGAACACUGUAAUGCUACUAGACUGGCCCAGAAAAGGUUUAAAUGUCGAUUUCUCUUCAAUAGCAUUUGUUGCACCGUCAUGGAAUCUUGAUGUGUUAUUUAUAGUGGCAGUAGACUCCAAGGAAUAGAGAAAACUUGGGUCUUGGAUAAUGGACCAUUUCAUCCUCAGACUUGUAGGAGUACAUUUCUUGGUCUUGAGACCAGUUAUUUUUUAGUUAUGUAUGCAACUGCCUUUAUUACACCUGGUUAUCAAUUCAGUUCUCAGGUGUUGCAGAAAAAUCUACCUCUUUCAGACUGUAGAUGGAAAUAACUGUGAAAAAAAUGAUGCAGAUUAUCUUCUAGUUUGUGCUAAAACACACUGCUUUAUUUUUACAGCCCACGUCUUUCAUGAGGAUACGAAUUGUUAAGAGGCAGUCUUGUUUUGCUUUUCAAAGACAUUUUGUAGAGAUUUUUCACUAAUGUGAAUCUGAUUUUAUCUACUCGAUUCUGUAUAGAUUAAGUAAACAUGUAUGACGAA